GCCGGGUAUUUGUGGUGACUAUCCCUUCACCAUAUCGCUCGAUGAAAACGAUGGGAUGCAAUACGCUGUGGUAGAGUACGCCAGCGACAGCAGGGAGGUUGACGCCAUGGCGACCCUAACCUGCUUGGAAGGCUACUCUCCCGGCGGGUCUGCCUUUGGCCUGUCCGGCAGCCUGGAACUGAGGUGCGGUCCAGUAGUGAACAAGGAGAACGAGCCAGAAGUGGAGUGGAAACUGGAAUAUACUGGC